UCGCGAUGGAAACCAGAGAGAGAAAGGGUUGGCUUCUGUAUUCUCUCCUCGUAUGGACUUUGACCAAUGGAAACCAUUAACUGGGCGCGGCGACCCUUUACGUAACGAUCCUACAUAUGAUUACGAACCACCAGUUUUGGAGCGUGUCCAGUAUUGGGCGGACGACAGUAGAUUGGAGCACGAAAAUUAUCCAGAAAGGAAAUCCGAAGUUUUAGUGCUCGGCGUUUCUUCACGAAAACCUAGUGUUAUAACCCGGCAACCACCACUUCCACCACUGCAUAGACCACAAUCUGUAAAGUAUGAAGAUUAUACAUAUAAAUUAAGCGAACAUUAUCCCAAGACUAUAUUAGUGCCACCACCACCACCACUUCCAGGAUAUCAACCUUCGUUGUACGUUCUCGCGGACGAAAAGUUACCACCUCAUAGUUCAAAUAUAAAGCUAAGUAAUGCGCCAAAAUUGGUAGUGAAAAAUACAACUACAAGUCCAGAAGUUCUAACAACUUCAUAUGCUCUGCAAGAGGCUAAUUUAAUUUAUCAAUCGUCAACAACUAAUCAAAAUUGGAUUCACGACGUAAGUCAAACAAAGUCUCCAUUAAACAGCGCCGUAAGUAGUGAUUAUGCGGGAUGGGGACCGACAACGCCCACGCAUGAUGUCAUAAAUGAUACGCAAAAUUAUAUUGGUAAUGAUUACCGAGACACCACGAAAUCUCACUUAACUUUCCAUAAUCUAAUUGUAUCUGACCCACCAGUGCCUCCUAAAAUAAUAUCCAGCACUCCAUUAUUACCUACAUUCCUUCCAACUGUAUUGCCCUCCACUGAAACAGAAGAAUCAAUGUCCGUAGCGACAAAAGAAGUAUCAUGGCCAAUAGAAGAAACAACCAUUGAAACGGUAACAGAAAAUCAAGAUUAUUACGAACAAACAUCGACUGAAAAAUCAACUACAUUUAUCUAUCAAACAACUUCCGCUCCUAACAAAAACGUUGCAGCAAGACCUUUAGGAAAUAUACUUAAUAUGUUGGGACCUAUGAUGUCUAUGCCUAUGGUCAACGGUCCAGAAAGACUAACUGAUAACCUUUAUGCACAUGCUUCAGAAAAUAAGCACGUUUAUCAGGUAAAACCAGGAAACAAUACUAUCCAAAUUCAAACAAUACAAAAUAUGCAACCACCGCCACUCACUACAUUUACUGAAAGUGGACCACCCCAUAAGGAUUACGAAGUGUCAAACAAUCUACAUUUCAAAAAACCAUCAAUGUUUACUCACGAUCCUUAUAUUCAUAUGCGUUAUACAACGCUAGCGCCAAAUACGAUGUCAACUUCUACUUCGAAUUCUGAAAACAUAAAAUCAACACCAGAUUCGCCGACUUUACCCAUGUAUUUAAUUAUCCAAGGACACUCCAAAGUAAAGACAUAUAGUUCCAAACCGAAGUCAAAUAAUGAUAAUCAUACUAUAAGUAAUGAAAUACCUAAACCUAACGAGACUAACGAAGUGAAACAUUUACACCCCUACAAAAAUAAAAGCACAAAGAAAUCGAGUACAACAAAUAUAAACAGAGUAAGUAAAGCACAGAAUUUAAAAUCACUAGUAGAUAUCGGUCUUGGAUCUAUUGAAAUACAAGAAGCUGAUGUUGGAAUAAAAUACGAUGUAAGUGAUGGUAGCAAUGUUCCCGUAGAAAUAUACAGAAAAGGAAUAGUGGAUAGCGAUGAAAAUAAUUAUUCGUAUUCUAAUCAAAACUUAGAAGAAAAGCGAACGAAAAGGCAAAUAGAUCUCGAGGAUCUUCUUCCUAUUGAUGAAGAAGCUCUAGAAGAUUAUCUCUACAAAUUUUUUGAAGGUAAACAGAAUGAAACAAGCAUUACAGGAUUAAUAGCGCAAGCGGUAACCAGC